UCUGGUAAACACAGCUGAUCAUGAUCCAGGACACUCAUUAACACGAUGCGGCGGCUGUACCUGGUGGAGCCCGUGGUGGCGCUGUACGCCUUCAGCAGCUUCCUCAUCUACCCGCUGGUGCAGCAGUACGUGUACCGACGCCUCUGGGUGCAGCUGACCAACAGCAGCUACCCGGCCUCCACCAACACCUCCAGAUGUGCAGGGAACAGCAGCGGUGCAGGGAACAGCAGCAUCAUCCAGGAGGUUCAGCGUCAGGCCUCCCUCUUCUCCCUCUACUCGGAGCUUCUCUCCACCAUCCCGUCCCUGAUGGUGACGCUGGUCCUGGUGGCGUACAGCGACCGCGGGGGCCGUAAGGUGACCAUCGUGCUGCCCCUGGUGGGCACUCUGCUCUACACGUCGGCGUUCCUGACCGUGUCGUUCUUCGAGCUGAACAUCUACCUGCUGAUCGCCGCCUCGUUCCUCAGCUCGCUGUUCGGGGGCCUGGGCACCUUCCUGGGCGGCUGCUUCGCCUACAUCGCCGACCUGUGCAAGGACGAGCGGCAGAAGACGCUGCGCAUGGCCGGCGUGGACAUGAUGAUCGGGCUGCUGUCGGGCGUGGCCGCCCUCUCCACCGGGUACUUCCUGCGGGCCGCCGGGUUUAACUGGCCCUUCCUGACGUCGGCGCUGUGCCAGAGUCUCAUCCUGCUGUACGCCGUGUUCCUGCUGGAGGAGACGGUGAAGGAGGUUCCCCCCGAGCUGGGAACGCCCGGGGGGGCCGGGGCCAUGAAGCAGGCCCUGCUGGGAUUCUACCAGGUGUUUGCGGGGGCCGGCGGCCGGCGUAGAACCGUCCUGGUCCUCCUGAUGCUCGUCUUCACCAGCUUCACCUUCUCCUACGUGGGCGGCGUCUCCAUGGUGACGCUGUACGAGCUGAACGAGCCGCUGUGCUGGACGGAGAUCCUGAUCGGCUACGGCGCGGCGUUGUCCACCACCGUGUUCCUCACCAGCUUCGUGGGCGUGUCGGCCUUCACCUACUGUGGAGUUCCUCAGCUCGUCAUCGUCCUGCUGGGAAUCCUGUCUGUUACUGCAGGACUGGUCCUGCUGGCCUUCGCCCGGACCACCGUGCUCAUGUUUACUGCUCGGGUCCCCAUGUUUCUGGCCAUCGUUCCGUUCCCGGUUCUUCGCUCCAUGAUGUCAAAGAUCAUCCCGGAAUCUCAGCAGGGAGCGUUGUUUGCCUGCCUCUCCUUCCUGGAGUCUCUCACCAACAACGUGGCGGCUGCCGUUUUCAGCAGCGUCUACGCCGCCACCGUGUCCUGGAACCCGGGGUUCGUGUUCCUGCUGGCGGCCGGGCUGAGUGGAGUUCCUCUCUCUUUCCUGGGGGCCGUGUCUCUGUACGGCGUGGACGUUGCCGACGGCGACGGGGGGGCGGAGCCUGUUUCCUCGGAGGAGGGAAGUCCGGAGGAAAACGACGACAACCGUCCUCUGCUGAGCUGAUACCCGACUCCCAGCUGGUCCCUGGACUCCCACCAGUAAAAACCAGUAAACCAGGACUAAACCAGCAGUAACAGUUGAACUAGUGACACUUUCUUCCUCUCCGAGCUGUUUCUAUCCUGAAAACGGCUCUUUCCUUCACACGUGGACGUGUUUAAAGGGACUAAACGUUUGUGACAAAAGCUUUAGUUUCUCAGACAAUCAUAAAUGUUUAGGAUCUUUAUUUUUUAAGGAAUAGUGAGUUUUGCCUCCUCAGGGGAACGUGCACUUUGGUACGGAAGAGAAUCAGGGCCAGGCCGGAGAAAAAUAAAAGUCAUAUUUUAGAGGAAGGUUUUUUUUUCAUUAUGCACUUUAAGAAAAAAAGUUGAAAUGUCAAAAAAAAAAGUCGAAAUGUCGAGAAAAAAGUUGAAAUGUCGAGAAAAAAGUCGAAAUGUAUUUCAACUUUAUUCAUGAAAUUUCACGAAAUUGUAUUUGAACAUUAUUCUCGACAUUUUGACUUUUUUCUCGACAUUUCAACUUUUUUCUUAAAGUGCAUAAUAAAGAUAAAUCUUCCCGUCUCAAAUACUUUUUCUCCCGCCUGGCCCUGAUUCUCUUCCGUAGUUCGGACAUUAAACACUUUAUGAAUUUUGUCUUUGUACACAAUAAUAAUGUUUUUUUGGGGAAACAUGUUCAGAUUUACGUAAAGUUCUGACUGUUAGCUUUUAUUAUUAACCGUUUAGGGAUCAGGACGGAUGGAAGGAGCUCAGGUUACGGCUCUGAUGCUGACGUCGUCUAAAAGUCUCGGGAUCCGACUUUAUGUGUAAAUUACGGAAGAGAAUCAGGGCCAUGAAGGAGAAAAAUAUCUGAGAGGGGAAGAUAUUUUUAAUUGUGCACUUCGAGAAAAAAGUUGAAAUGUCGUAAAUAAAGUUGUAAAUUCGUGAAUGAAGUCAAAAUUUCGAGAAUAAUGUUGAAAUACAAUUUCAAGGAUAAAGUCGAAAUCUUUUGAAAAAAGGCGAAAUUUUGCUUUUUUCUCAACAUUUCAACUUUAUUCACAAAAUAUAGACUUUUUUCUCAAUAUUUUAACAUUAUUCUCAACAUUGUAUAAUGAAAAAAAAAAUCGUCCUCCUCUAAAAUGUUAUUUUUAUUUUUCUGGCCCUGAUUCUCUUCCGUAGUAAAUAUAUUACAGAUGUUUUAUCACUUUAACCUGGAACACUUAAGGGUCAUGAUGUCCCUCAUUUUACCUACGGUGCCUUUUUUUUAUCCUUUUUCAUUUUCGUGACUUUUUUUUGCAAUUAUUGUUUUUAUUUUUUUAUUUUUAGGUAUUGAAUCCUCUUUUUGGAGCAUCCAACCCCCAAAUCCCUGUUCUUUAGUGAACAUUAAGGGGUUUAAGGGUUUCAGGGUCUUGUUUUGGUUCUGAGAUGCUGUUUCCACGAUCACACUGCAGAAACUCACAAUCUUAACAAGAAUAUUUGUCUUAUUUCUAGUUAAAAUGUCUCAUUUUUAGUCAAAAAUAAUCUGAUUACACUUAAAACAAGACUCAUCACUGGGAAAAACAACAAU